AGAAAAUCAACUAAAUAAUAUGAUGUGUAACAGUGUAGUCGUACCACCCAAUCGAGCUGUGAUUUUUUUCUGUAUUAAAUUUUGCAUAUCUCAUUCCUUAGCACCUUUCUUUAUAUAUCUCUCUGUGUUACCAUUUCUCUUGCUCCUAAACAUCCUCAUUUUCAAAAAAAACAGGACUCUCUUCUCUCUACAGCUUUGAUCAUAUAUGGAGGUUCCAAAGGAGAAUAAGAACUCGCCAUGGCUAUCAGUGCCACAGUUUGGGGACUGGGAUCAGAAAGGAGGAACCAUACCUGACUACUCUAUGGACUUCACAAAGAUUAGAGAGAUGAGGAAACAGAACAAGAGAGAUCAUUCUCGAGCCAGUCUUGGAAACGAAGAAGAACUCGUUAACCCUUUCCAUAACCAACACACCAAGGUUGAAAAUACUAAGCCUAGACUCACGACUGUUCACAGCGACGACAAGAGAGACCACACUGAGUUCUCUCACCACCAGCAGGGGCGAAGCCAAAGCUACCACUAUGGUGGCACGUGCCCCCAUAAUUUUGUGAAUAUUUAGUGUUUUGUACGUUAGGAUACAAAGAAUAUCAGUUAGGUGAGAUGGUUUAAUCAUCUUGUGCACCCCUUGAUGUCUCAAGUUCGAUUCCACCUUAAUUCAUUUUUAAAUUUUGCACCCACAAGGAAACUAUUCUGGAUUCGCCCCUGACCACCAGCCACUUUCUCCAGCUGCGAGGAGAGGGAUGUUUAGCUUCUUCAGCUGCUGCAUUAAAGCUUAAAGGUCAUCUAUAAUAGAGAUGAUGAGGAGAUGAGUCUUCCUCAGCUGUUUCGAUUAUUUAUAAUAAUGUGGACAGAAAUGAUAUGAGAAAUGGUAGAGUGACACCAUUACACAUAUUUUUCUGAAGAAGCAAGCAUUAAUUAAGUUUGUCUGUUGUCUACUGUUAUCUUACAAUGUCUAACUGAGUUUUUGGUAUUAGUUUCAAGUGUUGUUAACUUUCUCUCCUUUAUCUUUUGUUGUACUUUUUGUUUUGUUUAGAGAUUGAUGUUUUCAGUAUUGUAC